UUUUUCAGCUGAGGCUCUGAAAUACUGGAGGACAUUGCAUCUUCCUCAGGGACCCUGACAAGGGGGAGCUGGAGCCUCUGGGGCGCUCAGAAAGGAAUUGUGGUUGGUGGUCGCUUGAGGAACUUACCUUCACACCAAUGUUGCUCUGAAACGAGUUGUGUCCAACAUUCAGGUUUGGUAAGAUGCCUCAGGAACAGUACGCGCACCGGAGCACCAUGCAGACCUCGGAAGGACCCCAGGUAUACAAAGUGGGGAUUUAUGGCUGGAGGAAGAGAUGCCUCUAUUUCUUUGUGCUGCUCCUAAUGAUUUUAAUCCUGGUGAACCUUGCUAUGACCAUCUGGAUUCUGAAGGUUAUGAACUUCACAAUUGAUGGCAUGGGGAACCUGAGAAUCACGGAAAAGGGUCUAAAGCUUGAAGGAGAUUCAGAAUUCUUGAAACCUCUCUACGCCAAAGAAAUCCGGUCAAGACCAGGCAACCCACUGUACUUCCAGUCUGCCAGAAAUGUGACAGUGAACAUCCUCAAUGAGAAGACUAAAGUCCUUACUCGCCUUGUAACAGGUCCCCAAGCAGUGGAAGCACACAGCCAAAAAUUUGAGGUGAAAACCCUCUCUGGAAAAUUGCUGUUUUCUGCAGAUGACAACGAAGUGGUGGUUGGAGCAGAGAGGUUGAGAGUUUUAGGAGCAGAAGGCACAGUGUUCCCUAAAUCUAUAGAAACUCCCAAUGUCAGGGCAGACCCCUUCAAGGAACUAAGACUGGAGUCACCUACGCGCGCACUGGUGAUGGAGGCUCCAAAAGGCAUCGAGAUCAACGCUGAGGCCGGCAGCUUGAAAGCCACGUGCAGGACAGAGCUCAGGCUGGAAUCCAAAGAUGGAGAGAUAACGUUGAAUUCUGCAAAAAUCAAACUACCUAAUUUGCCUCAAGGAUCUUCCUCUUCUACAGGGUCCAGGCAAAAAAUCUACGAGCUCUGUGUGUGUCCCAACGGGAGGUUAUUUCUAUCUCAGGCAGGCACUAGCUCGACCUGCCAGAUAAAUACAAGCGUCUGCCUUUGAGAGACAGUUUGCAGAGGGGCAUCGCAGGCAGCACAAAAGCCAGUUCUGGUCUCACAGAUUGCAGCUGCCAACUAUUUUUACUAGAACACAGAAAGCCUAUCAAAGACUUUUUUUGUGUGUGCGCGCGCGUGUGUGUGAAUAUAUAUAUAAAAAUAUAUAUAUAAAAAAUAUAUAUAUCCUCUGUGUAAAAUGAUGUUUCAGUACAAGGAAUCCCAGGGUGACCCUGUUACAUUUGUGUAGCAUUUCUCUUUCCCACACCAAAAUUUACUGGUACAAUCUGCUGAAUUGGAUUUGAUGCUCCCCUGGACCCUUCUGUAUUUAUAUAGUCUAAUGAUCACCCCUCGUUUUUGAUCAUGUUCUCGGAGCAAUAGGAUUGCUGGCUGGGCAAGACCUUGGAACUGAUGUAGACCCACCAACAUACAAAGGGAAGUGAAGCAUCUCUGAUUAUUUUUGCACCAUUAAAUCAGUGUCAUUAAAAAAAGUAAAUUUAAAAAAAAAAAAACAAAACAAACCAACACAAAACCAACAACUGUUCACCUAGAGUGAUCCAAGAUACCGGAGGUUAAAUUACAGUCUUUAAUUUUGACCUGAAGCAUGGCUCUCUGUUGGGAAAUAUGGAUUGAGCUUGGCCAGUAGAAAAGUCCAGAUCUUCUUGCCAGAAUUAUGUAUUUUUCUGAAGGGGUUUGAGACUUGCCUGUGCAUGGCCAAGAACGCCUUGUGCUCUUUGGGUGUGAUGCAUCAGCUCUGACCCUAACCUAAAGUCAUUGCUAUGCUAAAAAAACCCUGGUGUUGUAUUUAGUUCUUGGAAGGACAAAAAUUGUGACAGUUGGACUAAGUAAAAAAAUCCUGAACUUUCUUCAGUUGUCCUGGAUCACCCUACACACUCUCCAUUAGCACCUUUAACUUUGAAAAUAUUUGUUGUGGUGAAGGUAUGAAGAUUUAAGAUUUGGACAUUGCUUAUCAAUACCUGUAGAAACAGAGAAAAUCACUUGUUCUACCCAUAGAAACAGAGAAAUUCAUACAAAUUAGUUGUGUAAUGUAGAUGCUAUGCCAGAAUUUUUAUUACUUUUUUCAGAGUAUAAAAUCCAAGGUCACUUAGAUUUGGUGGAGAAUGCAAAUAUCAGAGAUGCUGACAAUUAAACACACUUUUUUGAGAGUUUGUAAAGGUUGUGAUAAAGCCAGAUGAUAAGAAAGCAAGGGCUUUGGAUGCUGGUUCCUCUAGAAUCUAAACCCCAACUUUUCAUGGUUGCAUUUUUCCUUAUUUUAAAGCCUAGAAGUCACUUAUGGGCAGGAUAAAACACGAAAUCUGGUCUGGUAACAUUACUUCUGCUGUUCAAGAUUUGAAAAAGAACGAGAAGAGCCCAGAUCAUUGAAUUCUGACCCAUAAUUGCAUCCACAUGCAUGUAAAAAUCCUUGAAAAACAAAUAUACUAAUUACUGCAAAAGUAUCCAAAUUGCAGUAAACCUCACGAGGACAGCAAGGUUUCUAAGCCACUGAGAUGCUUUUGAAAAUAUUACCUCAUGCAAAUAUGACAGAUCUGUGCCCAUCCCCAGUGAUAACUAAGCAAAGCCGGUAUUCUUCAAGUGAUCUUCAAGAUAAAAUGUAGCUGACGGAAUUAUUUAGAAAUAAUUUAGCCCAUUCUUUUUUUUUCCAUGUAUUUUCUUGUGGUCUGGAGAGUACCAGGGUUUAAUUUUUUUCUUUUAAAUGAACAAAUCUGGCUUAAUCCAAAAGUGACUGGACUCAGAGGAGAGCUUUCUACGGAGUUUAGAUUAAAUGUGUUGCUGCCUAAGAAAGCAGCACUCCCAUAAAAUUUAUUUCUGAAAGAGGAUUGAAAGAUCUGCUUUUAUUUCAGUAAUGCUUUCUGAUUAAUUAAUGAAUUCAAACUAUUUGUUAAUUAAUUAUUCCUGUAAUUAUUAUGUCUUGAGUCAACGUUUGAAUGCAAAGGGUCACCCAGGAUAACAAUUGUAUUGGGACACAGGACUUAUACCAUCUCUGUUCAAAGAGGGGAUUUGUGCCUAUGCCUUAAGUCAAUGCACUCAGCAAGGAGAAGCACAUCAUAUUUAUCUUGUUAUUAAAACUAGUUUAUU